AUGUCGAUUUCAGGCCAGCACUACCACAGCCAGCCCUAUAAUGAUACAAUCAGACCUGCGACCGCUGGAAACAAGGCGCUGUCUCAAGUCGUACAACCGAUUCCGGAACGAUGCUCAAACACCAAACAUCUCAUAGCCCCUCAACCAUCUACAAGGAUCUCAAACAAACGACGAAAUCAAAUGGCCAAGACCCCCGAACAGAAUUCGAUGUGGAAGUAUGUUGAUGAGUUCAUCGACUUCACAACACUGAAAUCUCAUCCUCCAAGCCAUAAGCAUCAAUCAUCUGAAGCCAGCGAACGCCAUCCCGACUCCUCCAUUUCUCAGCAGCAGCAGGAAUCAAAGAAGGCCCAACACGCACAACAUCCAUCGCUUGCAAGUGAGAUCAAGUUUCUCUUCAAGUCAUUCGCUAGUUCAAACGAGGCAAAAGACUCUGGAGUGAGACAGAAUGCUGACCACAACAGGGUAGCGUCGAUAGGGCGAGCAGAAAAGGCAGCAACCACUACCAACAGCUACCUGGCCCCAAGCUCGCAAGCUUUCCCAACACCAGCUAUCGAGGAGCCUAGGCCGGUCGUCACACGUCCUCAAAAAAAUAUUCUACCAGUACCGCCUAAGGCGAUCGCGAGAAAACCCGUUCCGCAGCAUCUUGAGGAACAACCCUCGUACAAAUCAAGCCCACACCACGCCGUAAAGUUAUCGUCAAGCCCGGUUCACCAAAGUAGCGUUAAGGGCCAGCAGACAAUGCCGUCCGGAAAUCGCUAUAAGCGGCCAAAAGAGCGGUCAAAUUCCAUAUUGAAGAGUCGUGCAACGCAGCUUGGUGACUUUAUGAAGAGCACAUUCCUCGAGAGCCCUCCUCAGAUGCCUCCAAUUCCACCAAUCACAGAGCGGCAAUCUUCAAAGAUCACCCAUACAGAAUCUGCUAGCAGUGGGCGUACCAGUCGUCCUGAUUGGAGGUGCCACAAAUGUGAGAAAGAGUCCGAUUUUGACUUCAACUGGCAUCCAACUAAGUCUCUCUGGCUGUGCCCAACCUGUCUUUACGACAACCCAAUACAAGUAUGUGGAUUUUGUGGCAGAGUCCCUGAAUCUGGUCUUCAGCGACAUCCCAUACACGAUAAAGUCUUUCUGUGUCCAACGUGCUACGAGCCAGAGUCUCCGGUUCAAAUUGCCCCUUCGCCAUUAGCACCAACCACAGGACCACGCAAGCCACUUCCACUUAACGCCUCUCACAUCCCUUCCAAAUCGGAUGAAACACCUCGACCUCAGAUUACACAGUCCCUCAUUCGCCGCCACCAUUCUCCUCUUUCCCUGAUUUCUCGCCAGAAACCAAACCGCCAAUCCUAUCCCCCUUACUCUUCGGACGACAGAGUCAGCCCUGUCUCCAAGCGAUCAUCUUGGGAGACCGACGUCCCCGAUCAAGACGAACCAUCAACACCCACGCCCUCGGAACCUGACAUAUUACCUCUCUCCAAGGCACACACAAAUGGGAGGGAAACUGCUUCAACUCUUCCUCCAGUACUGAUGAUGUCUCCACUAGUUAAAGCGAAGAGAGUGGCUAGCAGUGUGUAUCCUGAAGAUGAGAUUGCAAUGAGUAGGAGUGAUAUCAUGGUGCCUGUGCCGCUGAUACCGGAGAGGUAUAGAGUGGGGCAAAAUGUGCCUGAACAUAGUGUUGGUGGAACAAAGGUGGCAGAACGAGAAGUGGAAGUGAAAGGGGAUCAAAGGGAAACUUAUUAUGGGGUGCUGGGAGACUAUUUGGCUAACUAG